UAACUACUUCCUAAAGCAACUAAGCCAUUAUGAUAAGAAAAGUAGCACUGUCAGUGUAGCUUCGUCUACGAAGUGACAAUGAACAUCCCAAGCCCCUAUUUCGAGAUUUUAGGCACUGUUUUAGCCCUUCUAGUUGCAAUAAUUUUCUAUUACCACCACGCCUUCCAGUUCUGGGCCAGAAAAAACAUCCCUUUUAUCCCUCCACGCUUUCCACUCGGCAACACCAAUGUAGUUCUACCACGAGGAUUAACAAUCGGAUUACUUAGCAAGACUUUUUACGACUAUUUCAAGCAACGUGGCCAUAAAAUCGGUGGUGUUUUCCUAGUGACUGAACCAAACCUCAUGAUUUUGGACCCCGACUACAUCAAGAAUAUCCUUUUGAAAGACUUUCACCAUUUUGUAGAUCGAGGGUUUUACUUCAAUGAGAAAACUGACCCAAUCAGCGCCAAUUUGUUCACAAUUGAUGGCGAUCAGUGGAGAAAUCUCCGAACUAAACUCACCCCAACUUUCACCUCAAGUAAAAUGAAAAUCAUGUUCCAAACCGUGAAAAACUGCUGCAACAACAUGCUUGAAGCUAUUGCAAGUAACACUGACCUGGACAAAGAUUUGAAGGAGUUUCUGGGACGUUACACUGUUGAUGUUGUUGGGUCUUGUGCUUUUGGUAUUGAGUGUAAUAGUUUCAAGCACCCAGAUGCCGAAUUUCGAAAAAUGGGUCUUAGGGCGUUUCACUUUAGUUUUUUGAGAUCAAUUCGGGCUUUUUUUAUUGCUUAUUUGCCCAAAUUGUCGCGCCAAAUGGGCCUUCCAAGCAACAAUAAAGACAUUAGGGAGUUUUUCUACAAAGUUGUGAUGGAGACAAUACAGAAACGGGAGGAAACUCAAAUCAAACGUAAUGAUUUUUUACAAAUCUUGAUGGAUUUGAGAAAGACGGAAAUUUUGAGUUUGGACGAAGUAGCAGCUCAGGUGUUUCUCUUUUUCACAGCUGGGUUUGAGACGAGUUCUAGCACUAUGGCAAUGUGUCUGUAUGAGAUUGCCAAAGAACCAGAAUAUCAAGAGAAGUUGAGACAAGAGAUUUGCGAAAUAACUAACGGCGAAAUCACCUAUGAAAAUCUAUUUGAAAUGAAAUAUCUAGACCAGGUUUUUUCAGAAACCCUUCGAAAAUAUCCCCCAGGUCAAACUUUGAAUCGCCGCUGUGUUAAAGACUACACCCUUCCAGGAACUAGCACAAUCAUUGAAAAAGGGACUCCCAUCCUUAUUUCUGCAAUAGGAGUUCACAGGGAUCCUGAGUAUUAUCCAGAUCCUGAGAAAUUUGAUCCUGAGAGGUUUAGUGAAGAAAAUAAAAAAUUGAGACAUCCGUUCGUUUAUUUGCCAUUUGGGGAUGGACCAAGAAAUUGUAUUGGAAUGCGAUUUGGAACUAUGCAGUCUAAGUUAGGGAUUGCAUCAGUUGUGAAAAAUUUUAAAGUGUCUGUUAGUCCCAUAACAAAGCGGGUUGAACUGGAUCCGAACACUUUUCUCCUGAAUACAAUUGAUAAAAUUUAUUUUAGAGUAGAAAAAAUUGUGAAAUAGGCAAAAUAAUUCGUUGCUUUGAUGUAAUGAAAUGAAAAUAAAUCAUAUUUUAACAACUGA